AUGGAGCGCUUUCUGAGGGAAUGGAGGCAGGACGCCCUAAACAAACACCAAUAUGAAUCCGCAGUCUUCAUUGGCGACAAGCUUUUGGCUCUAACCAAUAAUGAUAAGGAUGCAUUCUGGCUUGCUCAAGUCCAUUUCUCAACAGGGAACUACACUCGCGCUCAAAGCUUCCUCGCACGACAAGAUCUCGUGGCACGUAAUCCGUCAUGUCGAUAUCUUUCGGCGCACUGCUUUAUAAAGCAAGGAAGAUUCGAAGAAGCUCUUACAGUUCUCGGCGAGAAGAACCCUACGCACCUCAUCUCUACAGCCGGCAACAGCAGAAGAAAACUGUUGCACGCGGAGAGCAGCCUGCGCAACGGUAGCACCCGCCAUACGAAGACAGCGCACCGCUCAGCGCGCGUGGACCGCAGCGAGGAGAGGGAUCGCGAAGAUAUUGCAAAUAUCCGAUUUGAAGCGGCCAUGUGCUUCUUACGAGGGAUCUGCUACGCCAAGCAGAAUGCUUUUGACAGGGCCAAGGAAUGCUACAAGGAUGCUGUCCGGAUAGAUGUUCAAUGCUUUGAGGCAUUCGACCAGCUGAUGAAGAAUUGUCUCAUGUCACCGGAUGAAGAAUGGGCGUUUCUCGAGUCACUCGAUUUUGACUCCAUCUCCGUUGGUGACGAUAGUUCAAGUUCACAAGAAGCUGCAGAAUUUACGAGGAUGCUCUAUACCACUCGACUUUCGAAAUACAAGAAUCCAGCACAAUUUGCAACAGCCACUGAGACUCUCUCCACACAUUACAACCUCGCAUCGAACCCAGAUCUCCUCUUAGCCAAGGCCGAGCUCCUCUUCACCCAAUGCCGGUUCAAAGAAGCCCUCGCCAUAACAGAGUCCAUUUUGGCAACGGAUCGAUAUAAUUUUAGCAUAUACCCUCUUCACCUAGCCUGUCUGCAUGAACUCAACCAAACAAACGCCCUGUUCCUCAUCUCGCAUGAUCUAGCAGACCACCACCCAGAAGAACCGUGCUCCUGGCUCGCCGUCGGCGUGUAUUAUCUCACCACCAACAAAAUAGCAGAAGCACGACGCUUCUUUUCCAAAGCUUCCAUGAUGGACCCACACUUUGGCCCAGCAUGGAUUGGUUUCGCGCAUACUUUUGCUGCCGAAGGCGAGCACGACCAGGCCAUAUCUGCCUAUUCGACCGCCGCACGACUCUUCCAGGGAACCCACCUCCCUCAGCUCUUCCUCGGCAUGCAAAACCUCCAACUAAACAAUAUGACCCUCGCGCAGGAGUAUCUCAACACAGCCUACCAACUAUGUAAAACAGAUCCACUACUUCUCAAUGAGCUUGGCGUUGUCUUCUACCACCAAGAACAUUUUCUCGAAGCCGUCAACGUCUUCAGACAAGCCCUCCAUAUUGCCAAGGAAAUCGAUUCAGAUCCUCGCGCCUGGGUUGCUACUCGCGCCAACCUCGCCCACGCCUAUCGUCGAAUGGGUCGUCUGCGCGAAGCCCUAAUCGAGUUCGAUGAAGUCUUGCGCGAAGGCGGGCGAGAUGCGGGCAUUUUCUGCGCAAAGGGUCUCGUGCUACUCGAACUGGGCCGCAGCUGGGAAUCUGUGGUCGCAUUACACGAGGCGCUCGCAAUUAGUCCCCAAGACCCCGUUGCUACAGAGCUGCUUGGCAAAGCGCUCGACGAAAGCGCAAGUGUGACUUGGGACGACGCUGCAGUCGAAGAAGAGUUUCAAGGUCUCAUGAGCGAGCGCCGAAAGGAAGUCGAGUUGGGCCGCCGAUCAAGAGCGGCGGUGGCAGCGCAAAAGGCAGCAGAACGACAAAGAGCAGCAGCAGCAGCAGCAAUCCCAUCGUCAUCAUCAGCCCGAGCUUCAAGAGAAAUGCCUCCUCCACGUCAUUCGUCGGCGGGUAGGGGUAGAUCAAGUCAUGCCGCGCGUUCAUCAAUCGCGUCGUCUUCUUUUUCGUCGUCCGUGGUGGAUCCAAUGAAUCCUGCUACCGAUGGCGAUGGGAGUAUGAUGAUGAUGAGUGACGAGGAGUACUGAUUAUGGCAGGGGACGGUCGAAUCUGGAAAUGGGCCAGGCGCUUGCGGCGUUAUGAUACUAUGAGUUCUUCUCCUACUUUCUACUUUGCUGUAUCUUCUCUUUUCCUUCCUCCGGGGUUUCUUCCUCUAUUUUCACUUCCCCUUUUCAUUUUUUUCUCCCUUCUCUCUUUAGCCGAGCUUUGUUUUUGUAUACUUGCAGCGAGUCACGUCUCAUCAACAUCAUCACCAUCAUCAUCAUAUCCGCGCCUU